AUGCAGUUCUCCGUCAUCACCACCCUCUGCGCGCUCGUCGCCUCCGUCUCCGCCAUCCAGAUCAACUACUACAGCGAUGGCGGCUGCUCUGACUUCAUCACCUCUCCUCCCAACGUUCCAAUCGGCAAGUGCUACGACUACGCCUGGGACGGCCAGAACAGUGCCAACAUCGCCAACUGCGACAAAAACGUCUAUGGCUGCAAAUGCUACUUCUAUGCUCAGGCUGGCUGCAAGGGAGCUGUUGACUCCGCAAACACCGGCAGCUAUACUGGUGGCAACUGUGUCUCCAACUGGGGUCAUGGUUUCAAGUCUUUCCACUGCUUUGUUGACCACGGUCUUUAA